AUGCCUCGCAUCAAGCCCUGGCUCACAUUUACUGAGUGGGGUCAGAAGUAUGGUGAUAUCGCGCAUAUCGAGGUUCUGGGUCGGCACAUCAUUGUGUUAAACUCUGCCAAGGCUGCGAUGGAAAUGCUAGACAGUAAAAGCAUUUUGUACUCUGGCCGUCCUGUUCUUCCUAUGGCGGGCGAACUUGUUGGCUGGAAGGACUCUUUACCUUUCCUUCCUUAUGGUGACCUUUUUCGCCAGCACCGCAGGAACUUCCAUCGGGUCAUCGGAAGUCGUGCUGGAAUGGACGUAUACAACGUGGUCGAGGAAGUUGAGACUCACCGGUUCCUAAAGCGUGUGCUUGCGAAACCCGACCAACUGCAAGAGUAUAUCCGACAUACUGCUGGCGCUGUCAUUCUGCGCAUCUCUCAUGGUUACGAAGUGAAGGAGAAUAAUGAUCCCUUCAUUGACCUUGCAGACCGCGUUGUAGCCAAUGCCUCGCAGGCUACAGCUCCCGGUGCCUUCAUGGUUGAUAUUUUACCAUUCUUGGCAAAUGUCCCUACGUGGUUCCCCGGUGCUGGCUUCAAGUGCCUAGCACAUGAAUGGCAUGAGGCCCUCGAAGAAAUGGUUUCUGCACCCCACAAGUUCGUCAAGGAUCAGAUGGCUGAUGGCACCGCCCCCAUGUCUUUCACCUCGAAUCUCCUAGAAGGCUGUGAUAUGUCUGCGGAAGAGGAUCACGCUGUGAAAUGGUCUGCUAUUUCCAUGUACGGCGGUGGUUCUGACACAACUGUUUCUGCAAUCUACUCGUUUUUUCUAGCUAUGACACUUUUCCCUGAUGUGCAAAGGAAAGCUCAGGCUGAAAUAGAUGCGGCUGUCGGUCCUGACCGUCUUCCUACCUUUGCCGACCGCGACUCCCUACCCUAUAUUGCUGCGCUUGUCAAGGAAGUCCACCGCUGGAACAUUGUCAUUCCUACAGGUUUCCCCCACUGCGUGACUGAAGACGAUAUCCAUGACGGGUACUAUAUUCCGAAAGGCUCCUUAGUAAUACCUAACGUUUGGUUCAUGCUCAACGAUCCACGGACAUAUGUUGACCCCUCACAAUUCAAUCCCGAACGCUUCCUGGCUAAGGAUGGAAAGGAACCUGAAACAGACCCUCGCACAGCCUGUUUCGGCUUUGGUAGACGUAUUUGUCCAGGUCUCCACCUUGCUGAUGCCUCCAUUUGGAUAUCCAUCGUGAUGUCUUUGGCCGUGUUUGAUAUCUCAAAGGUUGUCGAGAAUGGUGUUGAGAUUACCCCUGAGGUUGAACCCUUACCAUUGGGUACGAUCAGCCACCCCAAACCUUUCAAGUGUUCGAUUACGCCUCGCUCUGCAACUGCCCUUGGGCUCAUUGAACAAGAUGCUGACUACUAAGAUCACGAUGGCGAGAUCGGAGAAACACGCGGGAGUAACACACUUAGCAUGCGUCAUAAUUGGUACAAGAAUUGUGCAAUAUGAUUGUUGGAGUUCGGUGCAUAGGGAGUUAUUUACUUCUGCGGAACUUUUGUGGGUAUUCAACAGGCUUGAAUAGGUGGAUGUCACGUAGC